CGUCUCAAAUGGAAGACAACGAACCUAUUCAAAAAAGAGCAAGCUGCUUUUCGUGCGAUAAUCGGAUCUCAGACCCUCACGGUGGUGGUGCGGCGGUGACUCUGACCCUGUGCCGGUAAUGACGCUUGUUUCAAUGAUGAUCCCGGUUUGAAUUCCGUCUCUUCUCGCUUCUCUCUAUCAUGGGAUCCACAAACGAAGAAGCAGAGGAUCUCGAGAAGGGUCAAGGGAGUCCGAUGACGAGUAUUGUAAGUACUGUGGCGGAUCUGUCGCCAACUCCCACCCCAAGAAAGACUCUGGUUCUGUCUAAUUCAGGCAAAGCCUUAUUGGUUUCCAACUCGAGCAAAUCUCUAGGAGGGUCUAACUCAGGUAAGCGACUCGAUCAGUCGAUCAAGAAGAAGUAUGUGAAGCAGGUCACAGGUCGCCACAAUGACACCGAGCUUCACUUGGCGGCCAAACGUGGAGAUGUGGCUGCUGUCAGGCAGAUUCUCAGUGACAUUGAUUUCCAGAUGAUGAAUACUUUUAACGAGGAUGAUUUUGACUCCGAGGUAGCACAAAUAAGAAUAGCUGUGGUAAACGAGGUGAAUGAGUUGGGAGAAACUCCUCUUUUCACAGCAGCCGAGAAGGGACACCUAGAUGUUGUCAAGGAGUUAUUGACAUAUACGACCAAAGAAUCACUCAUGUUGAAAAAUCUGUCUGGAUUUGACGCAUUGCAUAUUGCUUGCAGUCAAGGUCACCAAUCUAUAGUCCAGGUAUUGCUAGAGCAUGACCCAAAUCUGAGUAAAACAGUAGGACAAUCAAAUGCAACGCCACUUGUAUCAGCGGCAACACGAGGGCAUGCAGCAGUAGUAAAUGAAUUGCUUGCUAAAGACUCAAGCUUGCUAGAGAUAUCCAGAUCAAAUGGGAAGAAUGCGCUUCAUCUUGCCGCCCGUCAAGGGCAUGUUGAUAUCGUGAGAACAUUUCUUGACAAAGAUCCACAACUUGCAAGACGAACAGACAAGAAAGGCCAGACAUCGUUGCACAUGGCGGUAAAAGGUGUUAGCAGUGAAGUAGUGAGGUUACUUCUUCAAGCUGAUCCAGCCAUUGUCAUGCUCCCUGAUAAAUUCGGAAACACGGCAUUACAUGUGGCUACCAGAAAAAAGAGGGCAGAGAUUGUGAAUGAGCUUUUACUUCUUCCCGAUACAAAUGUAAAUGUCCUAACACGAGACCACAAAACCGCCCUUGACAUAGCUGAAGGCUUAACUCAUUCAGAGGAAACAACAGAAAUCAGAGACAUAUUAUCCCGUUGUGGCGCCCUCAAAGCCAACGAACUCAACCAGCCUCGUGACGAGCUGAGGAAAACGGUAACGGAGAUAAAAAAGGACGUCCAUAGCCAACUCGAACAAACCCGAAAAACUAACAAAAACGUCGACGGGAUCGCCAAGGAACUCCGUAAACUCCACCGAGCCGGAAUCAACAAUGCCACAAACUCAGUCACUGUCGUUGCAGUUCUAUUCGCCACGGUUGCGGUUGCAUGCCCAGCCAUAUUCACGGUGCCUGGAGGCGAUGAUGAUAACGGAGUGGCUGUGAUGGUUCACGCCACUUCGUUCAAGAUAUUCUUCAUAUUCAAUGCUAUUGCUCUCUUCACUUCGCUAGCUGUCGUGGUUGUACAGAUCACCCUUGUAAGGGGAGAGACAAAAUCCGAGAGACGGGUCGUGGAAGUGAUCAACAAGCUUAUGUGGCUCGCCUCUGUCUGCACGACUGUUGCAUUCAUCUCUUCUUCAUACAUAGUUGUCGGGAAACGCAAUAGGUAUGCGGCAGUGGUGAUCACGGUCAUCGGAACAGCAACAAUGGUUGGAAUUCUGAGUAUAAUGACUUACUACGUCGUGAAAUCCAAGAGGAUCCGGAAAGAGAGAAAGAAAGAGAAGAAGAAAAAGGCGAGGAGUGCUGGCAGUUCUUGGCAUCAUCACCAUGGAAAUCCAUCAGAGACUGAGUCAGAAGUAAACCGGAUUUACGCUAUCUGAAAUCGUUAUGAUAUUCCCAAAAAAAUCUGAGUUUCGAAUAUCUGUGAGGUGUGGUUUUCCUGGGAAAAUUCUUGCUUGUGACGCAAGAAACAUAGGAAAGUGAGAGAAAAAAAGAGGAAGAGGAAACCUAUCGUUUUCUUCCUCUCAAACGGAACUUCAAGUGGAGAAAAUAGUUGUUUGACAUAUGAAGGGGUAAAGAA